UGCCCGGGCUGCUGGGAGUUGUGGUCCGCGGCGGCGGCGGCAGGAAGAGAGGAGCGGCGCGGAGCGGCGCGGAGCGGAGCGCGGCCCCGCACGGCCCGGCGCGGGCAGCAGAUCUGCCCUCCAGAGGAUCCUUUCAAGAUGAUCAGGCCAGGGGCACUGGUGGGCACCCUUUGGGCACAUUGGUGCUGACACAGCACUGGGACUCUCAGGCAGCCUGGCCACCCCCCUCCCCCGGUGCUGCCGGCUGCUGCCAUCAAUGCAGAGCUCCCAGGAGUGCAGGAGAGAGCCACCACUCCACUUCCCCAUGGCAGCCCGUUCCCACUGCACCCCGGCCCAGCUGCAUGGUGUGGGUGCCCCUGAGGCCCACGAGGACUGACCACCAGGCCCCGCUGCGUGCACCCACCCACUGCGGCACCACCAUGUCUCUGGAGUGGCUGAUGGGCUGGAGCUGGUCCCUGGACGGACUCCGGGAUUUCAUCGCCACUGGCAUCCAGUCUUUCCGGGACUGCGACGCCACGGCCCUGGCCGCCGUCGCCUGCUUCCUGGUCCUCUUUGUGUGGUACUGCUACCACGUGGGGCGGGAGCAGCCCCGCGCCUACGCCACCGUCAACGCGCUGAUGCAGAGCGCGGAGGCCAACGGGGUGCAGAACGGGUACGUGUACUGCCACUCGCCCGAGUGCGUGCGCUGCACCCACCACGACGGGCUCAACCAGAAACUCUACCACAACCUGCAGGAGUAUGCCAAGCGCUACUCCUGGUCCGGCAUGGGCAGGAUCCACAAGGGCAUCCGCGAGCAGGGCCGCUACCUCAACAGCCGGCCCUCCAUCCAGAAGCCAGAAGUCUUCUUCCUGCCCGACUUGCCCACCACGCCCUAUUUCUCCCGGGACGCUCAAAAGCACGACGUGGAGUUGCUGGAGCGCAACUUCCAGACCAUCCUGUGCGAGUUUGAGACCCUCUACAAAGCGUUCUCAAACUGCAGCCUCCCGCAAGGAUGGAAAAUGAACAGCACGCCCAGCGGGGAGUGGUUCACCUUCUACCUGGUGAACCAGGGCAUGUGCGUGCCCAGGAACUGCCGGAGAUGCCCACGGACGUACCGCUUGCUCGGGAGCCUCCGCACCUGCAUUGGGAACAAUGUCUUUGGGAACGCGUGCAUCUCCGUGCUGAGCCCGGGCACCGUCAUCGCCGAGCACUACGGACCCACCAACAUCCGCAUCCGCUGCCACCUCGGUCUGAAGACACCCAGCAACUGCGAGUUGGUGGUGGGGGGUGAGCCCCAGUGCUGGGCUGAGGGCCGGUGCCUGCUCUUCGACGAUUCCUUCCUGCACACGGCGUUCCACGAAGGUGCCCCGGAGGACGGUCCCCGCGUGGUCUUCAUGGUGGACCUGUGGCACCCCAACGUGGCGGCCGCUGAGCGCCAAGCCCUCGACUUCAUCUUCGCGCCGGGACGAUGAUGGUGCUGCCCAGCCUGGUGGGCUCGGGGCAGCCGUGGGUGGGCGGCUGUGCCGGCUCGGUCCCUCCACAGCUCCGGGGCCGCACUGGAACCUUCCUCCCAGCACACGGCCUCGGUCCUCCCUCCCGGGGGCUCUUGUAAAUGGAAACUGUGACGUGUAUCAGCGCCCAUCUCUUUCCUCCAUCGUUGGCUUCAGGGAUUCUUUUCUCGCCCCCGCCGUGGCUCGCUGCCCCCCACGCUCCUACGUGUUCUGUUGCUACUGUGUUUUGCAGUGUUCAGAAGUAGAGUAACAAACCCAAGGGUGUUCGUUUGAAUGUAAUGUAAAAUUUCUCGUGGUCAUCAAAGGAACAACACACACACACACACCCCCAUAACAGCCAACCAGCCCAGCACAGCGCUCAGUCUGCCCUGCCUGGCUGCAGUCUGGGACAGAUGGACAGAUGGACAGUGGGGGCUGCAGUGGGCAUGGUGCUCCUCCCCAGGCAGGGGCUACUCUGGCUGAGGCUGAUGGGGUGGGCAGGGCACAGCUCUGCCCAUAAAGAGCCCUCCCACCAUGAACCCAGGGGCUUCUGCUUCCUCCCCCAUCUGCCAGCCCUGGGGCCCCAGCCCUCCUGUCUUCAGAAACUCCUUUUGUCACCCAAAAAGGGAGCAGAGCCCACUGCCUCGAGCUGCAGGUACCCCCAGCCAAGCACGGCAGCGAGCCCAGGGGUGCCCCAACAUCCACCCUGCCAGGGGAUAGCACACACAGCCCUGCUCUUCAGUCUGACCGAGGGCAUUAUCAAUCGCCCAAAUCCCUUCCUUGCUCUAUCCGCAACCUUCAGUUUUCACAGCUCCAGCUGCGAAGCCCUGCAGGGGCAGGGAUGCUGUUUGGGAACACAGAGUUGGGCUUUUGUGUGUCCAUAGGAGGAAAGGAGGUCACCAUUCCUCCUGGGAGGUCACCAUUCCUUCUGCUGUUCCAUCUUCUCCUUUCCUCGAGCCAGGGCAGGUGCACACAACAGCAGCUUACACGGACCUGACUCCAAAGGAAAGGUUCCCAAGGCAGAUGGGUUAACACUGCAGCCUGAGGAAUGAGCCCCCCACCCUGGGGUCGUGCCUACCCAGCGACCACCUGCUUUUUCUGAAGGCACCCAGCGUCCAGGGUCUGUUUGGGGGACAGUUUAUGACAUCCUACAUGUGAAGCACAGCGUGCCAGUGGCUGCUCACCACUGUCCUUGCUGGGGACUGCUUGGCUCCGUGCCCUGCCCGGGAGGGAACACAGCCCCAUCCCCCUACAACUUCUUUACAGACUUCUCAGUGAUUUGAUUGCGAGAUAAGGCAGAGAUUUCAAAUACAUAUGAGAUAUUUUUUACACCUGUCUUGUUACAGACUAUCUGAAGUGCAUGAUUUCUACACGCAUUGGCUACCUGGCCGCAGGCCCUAGGGAAGCAGGUUGGCUCUGUCCGACAGUGGGUAACAUUCAUAAGUGGAUAAGCAAAGAGUAUCAAUAAACAGUUGUGCUGAAAACAGAA